AUGCGUGUUGUGAAGCAUGGGCCGGCCCGGAGAUCUGGAUCACGCAAUCAGCAGAGCCGUCUUGGUAUGCACCUUCUUCCCGAGCUCCUCUCAGGCAAGUCUGCAUCCCAAGUCGCGACCAUGACUUGCGACCCGAACCCGACAAAGUCCUUGGAACCCACCUCCCGGGGCCAUGCCGGCGGCCGCAAGCAAGAGCAAAAGCAAAAGCAGGUAGACAGGCAGACACUCCACGGCAACUUGCAACCUCGAGACUCGGGACUCACGAGCCACCUUGGGGCCCUGGGGCGCGACGCGCGCAGCCCGGAGAAAUCACCCGCCGAGCCCACGUCCAUGACGCCCAUCCAACUCCGCGCUUUGCUUCAUGCUCGCCUCCAACAGUCACAAGGUCAUUCACGGGGCCAGAACUACGCACGACGAGCGGAUUCGCCGCCAGAUGUUGUAUUACUGCGGGGUAACGUUCAAACGCUGCCAUGCCAAAUGUGUGCUUUCCAACAGUGA